AUGGCCACCACUUCAACCGUGAUGAAGUCGAGCGCGAUGAUGAACUGCUCUCAGCAGCAGCAGCAAAGAUCAUCGUCGUUGUCGAGCAGACGAAUCUCUUCUUCGAGCAAAAGAUCCAUCGGGGUCUCUUUGAACCGUAGAAAACAAAAUUCCUCUUCGUCUUCCAGAAAGGAAACCGUCGUCGUCUCGGCAUCUUCGGCCAAGAUUAAGGUUGUCGGAUGCGGUGGCGGUGGUGGUAACGCCGUGAAUCGCAUGAUCGAAGCUGGCGUCUCGGGCGUUGAAUUUUGGGUCGUAAACACGGAUGCGCAAGCGUUAGUGAACGCGCAAACUGUCAAUGUAUGUCAAAUAGGUGAACAAGUUACGAGAGGUUUGGGAUGCGGCGGGAACCCGGAACUCGGGGAAGUUGCCGCGAACGAAAGUCGAGAUAAAUUGAACGAAAUCGUGAAAGGAUCGGACUUGGUGUUCAUCACUGCUGGUAUGGGUGGUGGUACGGGCUCUGGAUCUGCCCCGGUUGUUGCGAGAAUGUCCAAGGAAGCUGGAAACUUGACGGUCGGCGUCGUGACGUACCCGUUCUCUUUUGAAGGUAGAAGACGCAUCGUGCAAGCGACUGAAGCUAUCGAUGCCUUGAGAAAAAACGUGGACACUUUGAUCGUCAUUCCCAACGAUCGCUUGUUAGAUGUGUGCCCGGAAGGCACCCCGUUGCAAGAGGCGUUCUUGUUGGCGGACGAUGUUCUCAGACAAGGUGUUCAAGGUAUUUCCGACAUUAUCACCGUCUCUGGUUUAGUCAAUGUCGAUUUUGCCGAUGUUAAAACCGUCAUGAAAGAUUCCGGAACCGCCAUGUUGGGUGUUGGUGUUUCUUCGGGUAAGAACAGAGCGGAAGAAGCCGCCGUGGCAGCCAUGUCUGCGCCGUUGGUUGAAAAUUCCAUCGAUAAAGCCACCGGUAUUGUCUUCAAUAUUUCUGGCGGUCCGGACAUGACGUUGCAAGAGAUCAACACGAUCUCCGAAGUCGUCACGGACAUGGCUGAUCCAAGUGCGAACGUCAUCUUCGGCGCAGUGGUCGAUGAUAAGUUUUCGGGUCAAAUUUCAGUAACAAUCAUAGCAACCGGUUUCACUCCUGCGAUGACGCAACGAGGUGGAUUUUCUUUUGAAGCUCAAGAGCAAGCGCCGCCGCCGCCACCGCAGCAGCCGCCGCAACAAAAGAGAGGGGGAUUCUUCGGGAGAUAA